CGGAUAAUUAAUUAUCCGACGUCGGGAUUUGUUGACCACGUGUUGGGAUAUUAUGUAACCUUCUCCGGGCAUCUUCGGGGAACCAAUGGGAGCCUAAGAAACAAAGUCUAUUCGCGCCUUGCGCAUGCGCAUUCGUAGUUCCAGACGCACAUGUAGAUCAUUACGACAUCAACAACAGGCAGUCAAUCCGUCAAUUUGUUUCUUUAUUAUUCUCUUCUUUAAUUUGUGACAAUGGACGCUGGUGAACCAGACAUGCAAGAUUCGGGUCAGCCAUCUGGCUCUGCUGGUCCAAAUUGUGCUGUUGUCUGCUGAUGAAGGACAUCCUCCUUCAUCAGGACCUUUUCGAAGGAAAUGUUGAGAGAAGGGCGUUCUCCCUCAACAUCGCCAAAUUGGAGGAGAAGGCUUAUUUCCAGGCAGGCCAGUUUACUGCAUGGAGCCUUCUCCAUGGUGGUGCUGGCCUGGGACUUCUCUCCAAAAAGGUUUGGCGCCUCAUGUGUGGAGACGUCCUGGAAAACCCAGAGGAUUUCGAAGACUUACCUGAUCCCGAGGCAUUCGUCCUUCUGCAGAAAAUGAAAGAUUGUGAAAGAGAUGAAGAUUUUAAGAAGAUUUGCCAUGAGCAUGUAGUCUUUUUGAUGGGGAUCGGCUGCCAAGAAGCAGCAGUUGUGGUUGGGCUGAGCCAGAGAAGAGGGCUGAUGAAAAAUAUCACCACAUACUUUCUAUACUACAGGGUGAAACCAGCCCUAGAUCAGUUCAUCCAGGGCCUACAGUCGAUCGGGGGUCUUUUCGACCUGAUGAUGAAAAACCCUGAGGGUUUUUGCAGUGUCAUGUGCGGAGAGAAGGAAUCUCUGACCCGUCAGAAAUUGAGGGCCCUUCUCUCCAUAAGUUUUUCGAAGGACAAGACGAGGAAGAAAGAUGAGGGAACAGCUAUCUACCUGUUCGAGGUCUUCCUCAAGAAAUGCGAGGAUGAGAGUGAUGAUGCCGUUUCAUUGAGCCAGAUCUUGCAGUUUAUGAGUGGGGCAUCCGCUAUCCCUCCACUUGGCCUCCCAAACAUUGUUGUGAAUUUCUUUGAUGUCGAGCCUGGAGAAAAGCGGUACCCUUCAGCCAAUACAUGUGUGCCAAUCAUGUGGCUUCCGAGAUGGAAGAAGUUAAAGGACACGAACUUCCGAACUCCUUUCUUUGCCUUGUUGAAGGAAGGCAUUCUGUCAAGCAAAGGCUUCGACAAGAUGUAAGAUGCCAUCUUUUUUCCUACCUUUCACUGCCGAACCAGUUGUAUCUCUAGUGUCCUCUACUAUGCGAGGGCAUGUAUUGUGAUUCACCUCGACCGUGUUAUGUCGAAUCAGUAUGAAUCUAAUUGCCAUGUUAUUAUCAUCAUCAAAACAAUUGCCAUGUAUAUAUCAUUGUCAAGAACACAGUCAUGUAAUAACCAUAUGUAAUAAGCACAUGACCAUGUCAAUGGCAUCGGCAAUAUUGAGCAGAUUGCCAUGUUUUUCUCA